AUGCAGCCCUUCAGCAUUCCCGUUCAAAUUACACUCCAGGGCAGCCGGAGGCAUCAGGGGAGGACAGCCCUUCCUACCUCCAGGAAGAAGAGAAAUAUAGACCACAAUGAUGGAGAGUCUCCAGAUGUGCACAGGAAGCUGCCAUCCAGUGCUGGAGAGGACAGAGCCAUGCUCCUGGGGUUUGCGAUGAUGGGCUUCUCUGUUCUAAUGUACUUCUUGAUUGGAAUAAACAUCCUAAAGCCUUUCAUGCUCAGUACUCAGAGAGAAGAAUCCAACUGCACGAUUAUCCACACACAUAUCAUGGACGACUGGCUGGAUUGUGAUUUCACCUGUGGUGUGGACUGCCGAGGUCAGGGGAAGUACCCGUGUCUCCAGGUGUUUGUGAACCUCACCCACUCAGGUCAGAAAGCUCUUCUCCAUUAUAAUGAAGAGGCUGUACAGAUCAAUUCCAAGUGCUUUUACACACCUAAGUGCCACCGAGAUAGGAAUGAUUUGCACAACAGUGCUUUGGACAUAAAGGAAUUCUUCGAUCACAAAAAUGGGACCCCCUUUUCAUGCUUCUACAGUCCAGACAGCCAAACUGAAGAUGUCAUUCUCAUAAAGAAGUAUGACCAAAUGAUUAUCUUCCAUAGUUUGUUUUGGCCUUCGUUGACUCUGCUAGGUGGUGGCCUGAUUGUUGGUAUGGUGAGAUUGACACAGCAUCUGUCACUACUGUGUGAGAAAUACAGCACUGCAGUCAGAGAUGAGGUAAGUGGCAAAAUGCCCUAUACAGAACAGCAUCAAUUCCCACUGUGCAGUGUGAGGAGCAGAAAAAUCCUAAGAUGGUGGCCAAAUUAA